AGUACCUGAAAACCCUAGUUUAUGCAGUAGAUUGGAGUGGCUCUAUAAAUGAUGAUCACUUCAACUAAAUCAUCAGCUUCCUCCAUUAAUGGUGUCAAUGCUGCCGCUGUACUGAGCAGCACUAGCCCUAGCAGUUCCGGCAGCGAGUUAAGCCCAAGAAACGGCGGCGUAGGGAAACCGGUGCGGAGGCGGUCCAGAGCCUCGAAGAAAACUCCGACCACUCAUCUUAACGCCGACGCGGCGAGCUUCCGGGCCGUGGUGCAACAGUUCACCGGCUGCCACACUGCGGCCACGUUCUCCGGGGCGCAUAAGGGCCCCAUCAACUUGAACUUCGGAGUUCAGGAGGACGACGACGUUUUCGAUGCGGUUUCCGAGAUGAGAUAUGGCGGUUACGAUUCCGGGUUUCGCGGUGACCGUUGCCGGAAAGAGCGGAGGUGGGUUAAGAAGGUGGAAGAAGAAGAAGAAGGGGAAAGAAACAAUGAAGUUGAGGAUCGUCGAGGUUUGGCAUCAUCAACGGUCAGUAGUGACGCAGCGUUGACUUUGGACGAUCUUGAUUUGGACAACAUUCCUUUCCAUGAUUUCAUUGAAGAUUUCUCGUUGAUGAGUGAAGAUUGGAAUCACUCCUCAUUGUUCUAACAUUAUCUAAA